UGACGGACACGGGCUCCUACAUCAAGCGCUGCUGCAAGGGCUUCUGCAUCGACAUCCUCAAGAAGCUCGCCAAGGGAGUGGGGUUCACCUUCGACCUCUACCUCGUGUCCAACGGAAAGCACGGCAAGAUGGUGCAGGGCCUGUGGAACGGCAUGGUCGGAGAGGUGCUGUACAAGCGGGCGGACAUCGCCAUCGGCUCCCUCACCAUCAACGAGGAGCGCCAGGAGGUCAUCGACUUCUCGGUGCCCUUCGUCGAGACGGGCAUCAGCGUCAUGGUGUCCAUCUCCAACGGCACUGUGUCACCCUCCGCCUUCCUGGAACCCUACAGUGCUGCCGUGUGGGUCAUGAUGUUCGUGCUGUGCCUUUCCGUCGUGGCCAUCGCUGUCUUCGUCUUUGAGUACAUCAGCCCCAAGAGCUACGAUCGCAACUUGGCCAACGGAGCAACUCCGGGAGGACCGUCGUUCACCAUCGGCAAGUGCGUGUGGCUGCUGUGGGCGCUCGUGUUCAACAACUCGGUGCCCGUAGAGAACCCGCGUGGCACCUCGAGCAAGAUCAUGGUGCUCGUGUGGGCCUUCUUCGCCGUCAUCUUCCUCGCCAGCUACACGGCCAACUUGGCCGCCUUCAUGAUCCAGGAGGAGUACAUCGACCAGGUGUCGGGUCUCAGUGACAAGAAGUUCCAGAAGCCUACGGAGCAGUACCCGCCGCUGCGCUUCGGCACGGUGCCCAACGGCAGCACGGAGCGGAACAUCCGCAACAACUACCCGGAGAUGCACGCGUACAUGUCGCGCUACAACCAGCGCACCGUCGAGGACGCGCUGCUCAACCUCAAGGCCAGCAAGCUGGACGCGUUCAUUUACGAUGCCGCGGUGCUCAACUACAUGGCGGGCAAGGACGAGGGCUGCAAGCUGGUGACCAUCGGCAGCGGCAAGGUCUUCGCCACCACGGGCUAUGGCAUCGCGCUCCAGAAGGGCUCCAAGUGGAAGCGCAACAUUGACCUCACCGUGCUGCAGUUGCUGGGUGAUGAUGAGCUGGAGGAGCUGGAGACCAUCUGGCUGGCCGGCAUCUGCAAGAAGGAGAAGAACGAGGUGAUGAGCAGCAAGCUGGACGUGGACAACAUGGCGGGCGUCUUCUACAUGCUGCUGGUGGCCAUGGGCCUCAGUCUGCUCGUCUUCCUCGCUGAGCACAUCUUCUACCGGCGUGUGGGCCGUGCGGGCCGCAAGGCCUCCAUCAACCCCACGCCGCGCAUUCUGCUCGCCAUUAGCAGGGGCAUCUACAGCUGCCUGUAUGGCGUGGAGGUGAGCAAGGACAAGGGGCUAUUUGCGCUGGCACAGCAGGAGAGCCAGGACGAGCAUGCCAACGUCAACCGCCUGCUGCGCGCCGCCCGCAGCAUCGUCCGCAUCGUCAACCGCAAGAAGCGCAGCGAGCAGCGGGCCAAGGCAGGCCGCAGCGGCGACCGGGAGCGGCGGGGGCGGCUCCUCGCGGGGGCUCGCGGUACCGUGCGGCACGUGCGGCUGCUGCGAGCGCGGGCCGCUGGCACGAGCCGCCCACGGGGGCCGCCGUGGCCCGGCCGCCAUCAUCCUCAAGAAGCACGGGCUCUCCGACGGCGGCCGGGCCGCGUACAGUGUCCGCGGCCCGGGCGGGGGGCCCUGCCCGUUGCACCGCGACUGCCGGCGAGGCGCCCCCAAGCCUCUGCCGCUGCCGGUACCGCUGCUGGCGCCCGACGCGGCCGGCGGGCCGCGCAGCCCGCGACUUGUGGUGGCGCUGGGGCCCGACGCGUGGCCCCGCUCGCUCGGCGCCGAUGGCGGUUGCGUGGCCGACCACGACAGGCGCUCGCACGGCAACUGGGAGACGGACAGCGACAACUGGUUGUUCAUCACGCGUAGCCCACGAGGGACCGCCGCCCCCGCCGGCACAGGCGGCUUCGGAGACUCGCCGAGUUCGGCGGUCGGCCUCUCGGACGCCGCGGACGGUGCCGUUCCCGCGUGGAACUGUCCGCUGCACGGCUUUCGCGAUGCCGCCGCGGCCGCCCCCGCUGCCGGCGCCACCUCAGCCCCUGCCGCUGGACCCGACGCGCGGGCCGUGGGGGCC